UGCGCAUGCGCACUGCGCAGCGGGGGCGCGGUCAGCUGACAGCGAGAUCAGAUAAACACCGCUAACGUCCGUCAGAGCAGACUCACAACACGACACCGCGAGUUCAGAGAGCUGUUUACUGAAGUCAUGAUGCUCCUCACGCUGCUUUUCAUCUCCACCGCUGUGGCGAGUCCACUGUUGGGUACAGAGCAAUGUGUUCGUGGUCCCCCCUACUGGUGCCAGAACGCCAAGACCGCUUCCCUUUGUGGAGCCGUCCAACACUGCCAACAGAGUGUGUGGAGCAAGCCUCAGAUGAAAUCUGUGCCAUGUGAUCUGUGCAAAGAGGUGUUGAUGGUGGUGGAGCAGCUUUUGAAGGACAAUGCCACAGAGAGCGAACUCCUUGGAUACUUGGAGAAGGCCUGUCAGCUGAUCCCUGAUGAGGGCAUGGCCGAACAGUGCAAGGAGGUCGUGGAGAACUACUUCCCCAUUCUCAUGGACAUCAUCCAAGGAGAGCUGGAUGACCCUGGUGUGGCGUGCGGUGCUUUGGGCCUGUGUGUGUCCCAGCAGGCAGCUCUGGCUAAAGAUCAGCUCAUGUCCAAUGAGAUCCCUCAAGUGGACCUGAACCAGCGUGUCAACCCCUUCCUGAUCAACAUCCCUCAGCUGCUCUACCCCCAAGAGAAGACCAAGGAGACCCCCGAACAGACUGAUCGAGAUGUGUGCCAGGACUGUGUUGUGCUAAUUUCUGACACUCAGGAGGAAGCCAAAGCCAAUUCCUCAUUUAUUAACAGUUUCCUCGCUCGGCUGGAGAGCCAGUGUGAGCUUCUGGGACCUGGCAUGUCUGAUAUGUGCAAGGAGUACAUCAGCAAGUACGGACCACUGGUCUUUCAACAGCUUAUGUCUAUGCAAGCCAAGGACAUCUGCUCUCGUGUUGGAUUCUGCCCCCCUCAGAAAAAGUCUGUGCCCAUGGAGAAGCUGCUGCCUGCCAAAUCAAUCCCAGCGGUCAAGAUGUUCCCUGCAACCAAACUUGAAACACCUGUCAAAACCAAGCCUGCUAAGACUCUGGUGCAGGUACGAGGCAGUCCUCAGUGUGCCCUCUGUGAGUUUGUGAUGAAGAAAGUUGAGGAAAUGAUAAAGGAUCGCACAUCUGAGGAAGAAGUUGUGCAGGUUGUGGAGAAAGUCUGCAACUUUUUGCCCUCCACACUCACGGCUCAGUGCAAGGACCUGAUUGAGACCUACGGCAAGGCCAUCAUUGAGCUGCUCGUGCAGGAGGCCGAUCCCAAAACGAUCUGCUCUUUCCUCGGACUCUGCAGUGGGGUCAGCCAUGUCUCUGUAAUGGACGAGCAACGAUUUGAGGCGGGCGACUUCUGUGAGGUGUGUAAGAUGGCGGUGCGUUAUGUGGAUGGGAUCCUGGAGAAGAACGCCACUCAGGCGGAGAUCGAGGAAGCUUUGAUGAAGGUCUGCAACUUCCUGCCUGAAGCUUUCAGAGAUGAGUGUCACCAGCUCAUUGAACAGUAUGAGCCUAUGCUGGUUCAGCUGCUGCUUCAGACGCUCGACCCGGACUUUGUCUGCAUGAAGCUGGGAGCAUGUCCUGAGGCAGUGCAGAGGCUGCUGGGAAUGCAGCAGUGCAGCUGGGGGCCAGCAUACUGGUGUAAGAACGUGGAGACCGCUUCUCGCUGUAAUGCCUUGGAUCACUGCAGGCGUCACGUGUGGAACUAAAGGAGGAGCAGAACAAUCCACAGGAAACUAAAGGAGAAUCGAUACAGAGCUGCAUUUCUGAUUUGAAAUCAAUACUUGGGUUUUCUUUUAAAAAAUUAUAUUUGAAAUUGAACUGUCACAGCUAAUUAACAGCCUUGUUUUGAGGGGGAAAACUUUUACUGAAAGGUAAAAUACAUGUCUUUUGAGAGGGCAGGGUUUUAGAGAGAGAUGAAUGGCAUAUAUGGGAAAUGUGCUAUUUUGCAGACUUUUCUUACAAUGAAUGUUCUUUUAGUUGUUUCUUCAUAUGAUUUAUAGCGAGUGUGUGUAUAUAUGGAAAUAGAUCGUGCCUUUUUAUGAGAAUGCUUUGGAUGCUCUAAUAUCCCUGCCUCGCUCUUUAACUGUGCAGAUGCACCUGCAAGGCCAGUGAUUUAAAUCUGUUUUUAAUGGGUGACUCUUUUGGUCCUACUGGAAGUCAAUUCUCUGUAACUGUGAUUCUGUGUCUGUUAUGAGCUGAAGGGGAAGUGAUGUCGACAUUCUUCAUUUGAUCCACUAACUGUUGCCCCUCACUGAUUGAUCGGUCACUGCUUACUAAAUGUCAGAUUUUAUCCUUGUGCCUGACACUGUUCAGACGGAGGCUUUUGUUUUUUUAAAAAAGUAAAAAUAAAACCGAUUCCAACCACAA